UAUUUUUGUAAUACACCAACUGUCACCAAUAGUUACUCGAAAAAAGUCGGAUAUAGCGGGAAAAUAGCUAGCCCGCCAGCACCAAUAGCAACAUUGAAUUUUUUGCGCCAGCGAAAUCCGCGUCUUUUUAUAACAACCAAGCGUAAAUUAGUAUCGAUUUAGUGCCAAGGAAAUGUACCCGGCGCAACCGGCAAAGGUGGCGCCGGCUGGUCAACCGAUAUCCGCCGGAAAACGACCGCGCCAGGGCCCUGUCCGGAUGAGGCCCAUCUCUUUGCCCGUCUUCGAGCUGCCGGAGUACGUGUGCGUGGAGACCAAGUGGGUGACACGCAAGUACGCGAUAGAGAAUGGCAUUCCGGUGCAAGGACUGCAUGAACCGAUCACCAAUGGAGACGCUACAGAGGCCGCCAGGAAAUCACCAGAGCAGAGGAGACUCAGCGAGGUCACUGGGAUGUUUAUUACCGAGGUGACGGUGCCGCGCAGAGAGCGCGCCAUUCAAACCGAGAAAGCGGGCACUAAGGAUGUGGGCGUUCAGUGCCGUCGGGAUUCGGAGGAGUGGUAUUUACCGGAGGAGCUGCCUAAGGAUACCGGUACUGAGGCCUCCGAUUCCGACGAAUUUCUCACCUACGUGAGCGAGAACACAUUCAUAUUUCCCAAUGGCAUGCUGGAGUGCGCGGUGUGCGGCGAUGUGGCCAACACCUUGCUGGAGCACCAGGCCCACAUGACCGUGCACCACGGACCUAGUGCUCUGUGCUUUCGCUGUGGUCAACGUCUGGACCACAAGAAACUAUUGAAGCGUCACAGUCUGAGCUGUCCCGCUCUGGCGCCCAGGAAGUCAUCCAUGCUCUUUAAAUGCCCACAUCCACUCUGCAGCAGCAUGAGCCACUCAGAGAUGCAGUUGCUCAAGCACCUGAAACACCAUAGCGGCAGGAAGUGCUACAGAUGUCUUCAGUGCAAGCGUUACUUUAAGACCACCACCUCUCUUUUGGUACACCGAAAAAAGGAGCAGAGUUGUGCCAAGGCGAAAGUGGUCGCCCUCUUUCGCAGACACAACGGGUUGCCCCAUGGAAGAGGUGAUCCCAGACGUUGCUCAGUUUGUUUGAAGCGCUUCUGCAGCGAGCGGGUAUGCCUGCGGCACCGGAGACAGUGCAUCCUCGGCCAUUAUAGACGGCUGUCCAAGGUCCUCGAGAAGGAGCUAUGAACAGCAUAUACAAAUCUUGACCUAGCUGGUAUUUAUUAGUAUUUAGAAAUCGAUAACAAUAAAACGAAUAGAUCCUA